UCAAAAUGGCGGCGUUUUACGAUGGAAAGAAGUGAAUGAAUUUCUGCGCUCUACGAAAUUUGCACUGGUCCCAGUGUUAAACGUCAAAAUGUGGCACGAAGCUAAGAAACAAGAACGUAAGAUCCAUGGGAUUAUCGUGGAUUACAGAAAAAGAGCAGAGAGAAGGAGAGAGUUUUAUGAGAAGAUUAAACAAGAUCCUACACAGUUCCUGCGAAUUCAUGCUAGAGCAUGCAAGGUACACUUGGAUCCCGCAGUUGCCUUGGCUGCAGAAGGCCCUGGAACAAUGAUGCCCUGGCAGGGAGAUAAAAUGCACAUGAUCGACCGCUUCGAUGCUCGGGCCCAUCUAGAUGUCAUUCCGGAUCAGAGUGUGAUAGCGGCCAUCUUACCUGCCCCUCACGACCCAGACGAAGAGAAGUGCUACUAUGAGCGUUAUCGCACUCUUGUGCAGAAUGAGUGCGCUGGAAUUUCUGAGGAGCAAUGCCUACAGCAGAUUCAGAUAGAUGAGAUGUUUCCAGACGUAAGCACACAGAAAACCAUGAAUGAAGAGAAGGAAAAACUAAAAGGCAAGAGAGCAGCGAUUGGUUUCACCUAUGAGGUGAACAACAAGGAUGAGAAAGGGCAAGACGAUAAGAAUCAAGAGGCAGGAGAAGACUCGGAUGAAGGUGAUAGUGACAGCUCGUCGGAUACUAGUCUCAGUGAUAUUGACAUCGAUAUAAAUGUAGAUGUGGAUGAACUCAAUGAAGAACAGAAAGGAGAGCUUAAUGUUGUAGGCACUAGAUACGGCAUGAAGCCAAAGGAAUACAUAAGAAUGCUAGAAAGGGACAAACAUGAGUUGGAUAUGCAGAAGAAAUAUAAAGAGAUAGAAGAAGAAAAAGCCUUGUAUUCAGGAAGAAAAUCAAGAAGAGAGAGGCGAAUGCUUGUGGAGAAGAGGUUACUAGCAAGGGGAGACAACAAAAUGAGCCCUCCAAGUUAUGCCAGUCGAGACAGCCCAACAUACCAGGACUACAGACGCUCUCGUUCCAACUCCUCAAGAAGUCGAUCCAGCUCCCCAGAAGACACUGGCAAGGUCACCUUCAUCACCAGCUUCGGUGAGGACAAGGAAGAACAGGCAGCGAAGAGCGAACAAGCCUCCAACAGCAAGACGCAGAAGUCGUCUUCCAAAUCUCUGUCUGGGUCUGAUUCUCAUUCCAGGACACGAAGGCGUCAUAGACACUCCUCUUCCUCUACCAGCUCAUCAAGAUCUCGUUCGAGAUCACCUUUACAGGGGAAGCAUCGUAACCAUAGCAACUCAAGAUCUCGUUCCCGUUCAUUGUCAAGAGGUCGGCAUAAACGACGAGGCUCCAGCUCAAGUUGGAGUUCGCGGUCCAGAUCCCGAUCCCCAGUGAGGGGCCACCGGCGUUCUCGCUCUAGAUCACCAGAGAGACACGGAGCCCGACGUCUUUCCCACGAUCGGUAUCGUAGGUCACGUUCCAGCUCCAGAUCGAGGUCACAUGGUUGGACGCACAGGCCCAGGUCGCGGUCGAGAUCACGGUCGAGGGACCGUUUCAGGGGAAGAUCGAGAUCAAUGAGCCGUGAGAAGGGAAAACUACUGCAAACUCCUAGCAGCUUAAAAAAUAAAAGAUCAACAGAAAGUAGUGUGGGUAAAACACCUGGCUCUGUCGACAAAAAAACAAUGACACCACAAGAAAGGCUGAAACUUAAAAUGCAGAAAGCGCUAAACAAACAACAUAAAGCAGACAAAGUCAAACAGCAUCAGAAAAGAUCAGCCAAAGAACUUGAGCAAAUGGAGAGAGAAGAAGAACUGAGGGAAAUGACUCGGCAGUUUCGCUACAAGGAGCAGGAGAAGAAAGAGCGUGAUCGAAGCGAGAGGGCCUGGAGAGACCGCCCUCGCUCUCGCAGUCGUUCCAGAUCCCCUGAGCGCAGACGCAGAUACGGACGUGACAGAUACUCACCGGAGAGACGACGCUCCAGAUCCAGGUCGAUGUCCCCUAGACCUCCUGCUCGGUAUAGGUAUUGAGUCAUUUGAGUCGGCUGGUUUGACAGUGUCUUAUAAUGUACAUGCAGUUGCAAGGCUGCAACAGAACCAUUGCACAUAUUAGCAUCACCCAUUUUUGUCGCGUUGCUUAAACAGAGGAUUAUGUUAUAUACCUUUCAGCUAAGCAGUUUUUAGCAGGUGUCCGUCACUUAUUGUACAUGUCAGACAUGGUAUUUUGGCUGGUGACCUGAUGCUGGUAAAGCAUCUGAUUGUACAUGUGAGACAUGGUGUUUUUGGCUGGUAAUCUAAUUCUGGUAAGCAUGAUUUGGUUGUGCUUGGCUACUUGAUGUACAUCUUAAGCAGCUGUAUUAAAUUGGGUGCAGGACGUCAGUGAUCGACAAACCAAUACAUGUACAUGUAAACCAAGAUCUGUGCAAAUUUUAAUGGUUUGGGCACUUCCAUGCUGGUUGAUUUCUACUGUGUAAUUUACCUUCUGAAAAUAAAUGUUGAGUGGCAAAACAUAGUACAAGUGUUGCAAUUGUAAAUACAAAUGUACUCUGAAUGUCCACCAAUGUUCUAUGAUGCAACUACUUUGAAAUUGUCUAUGUUUGUGGAGAUGUCAAUGAAAGUACAUACAGCUGUUCUUAUUAAUACCAGAGCUUUUGGAUACGCAUGUUAUUCAAAAAAGUGGUUUUCAUUCUAAAGAUUUGUAGACAUUCUAAAGAUACAUUGCUGCACAGAAAUAGGGUAAAACUGUAUGAUAUUUUUUUUCUAAUUGGUGGAAAGUUCUUUCUUUAAAAAUGAAUUCUACUGGGCACUUUUUGUUUAACUGAAAUUAUCUCUCGGUGGCUGCCAAAACAAAUGCUACACAAGAAACACUGUUUUUUUAACUGUACGGUUACACUUGGUAUUGUAUAACUAGCCUUUCAUCCAAUAGUGUAUGUAGUUUAUGAAGAAAGUGCAGCUAAAACCAGUUCAAAGGCAAGUAGUUUUGAAGUGAUGAUGAGGGGUAUUUAUAUUGGUAUCAAAAUGUAGGAAAGCAAACUGCCAUGUUUGGUGGAAGGCCCCCUCCCUCAUGGUACAUCAAUGGGGGAAGGUACAUUCCUGUUUUCUUUUUUGACUGGGGUUGGAGAGAAGUUUAGAAUGGGAAACGCAUCAAAUCCCCCUACAACAAUGGAAAGAGAGAACGCACCUUUAUCUAAACUUUGGUAUCAAGUUGUGGAAAUAUUCUAAUAAUAACCCACAUGUAAGAAGGAGAUUAUGUUACCAAGGUGUUCUCACGUUACAGGCGUUCGAGUGUUGGAUUUUCUAUUUUUCUUUCGUAGUGUUGUGAGAUACAUGAACAUCAUUCAUAUAUUGCCACAAAGAUCAAUGUGACAAAUGUGUUGUUUGAUUAACAUGUACUUUCAGGACAUGAAUAAAUAAACAAAGAUAAAUCCACUGUAAAA